CGUCUCAGUCCAAAAAGUGUAGCGAAUAUCUGUGAUUUUGUUAUUGUGCGUGAUUGCUGAAACCAAAUCAAAACAAAUUGAGCCCUCACCAACCAGUUUGGACAUUAAACCAACCAAGUUGCAAAAGACCCACCAUGAGGCGUCGCAAAGUGCUCAUCUGCUGGGCUGCUCUGCAGGCGGGCAGCUCCAUCCUCACCUGCCUGCUCCUUCUACUGACCACCGGCCAACAUCCGCAGCAGGUGGCGGCCGGAAUUGUGCCACCUCCGUGGAGCGAUCCCGCACAGAAUCCGUGCGCCAGCAUGUCCGGUGGCUGGCAGCUGCUGUACUGGGCACCACUGAAGAAGUGCUUCAAGAUUUUCACCCUCGGCUACCCGUGUCCGGAGACCAUGGAGCUCAGUCCCACCGCGGUGAGUGCCAAGCGGAAGGAUCUGCCGGCGGCCGAGUGCCGCUGCCCUCCGGGAACUGCACUCAGUCCGCUCCACGACAAUGUCUGCUAUAAGCUAUACGAGCGGGGACCCUGCCAGCCCGAGGAGUACUUCCAACCUGUGCCGGAUCAGGUCAAGAGAAGCGGCAACCGUUGGGGAACUUGCAAGCGACCGCUGCAUUGUCCGGAGGACAUGCUCUUCUGGCCAAAGGACAACAAGUGCUAUGCGAGGCAUGCAAAGGGUCCCUGCAGCCGGGGAAAGCUGCUAGUUCGAAACGAGAACGGACUGGCCGAGUGCCGCUGCGAGGAUGUGGGCGAGUUGUCCUCGUUCUACUAUCCGGCGGAGGAGUCCUGCUAUGAGCACUACACCAAAGGACCCUGCUCGACGCCGGGUCACAUCUUCUUGCCCGGCGGUCGAUGCGACUGCCAGCGGCACCUGCCGCACUAUCAUGCUCCGCAUCAAAUGUGCUACGAGCUGGACACUCCUGGUCCGUGCCCACCUGGCCACAUCUUUCGCAUACCCGACGAGGUCCAGGACACAACUGGUAGUACCCUGCAGCUCUUGCCUCGUGCCCAGUGCCAGUGCAAGGAGGGCUACGUGCCCUGGAGCGAUGGCAUCUGCUAUCGCCUGUACACAAGGGGUCCCUGUGGACCCAACGAGUUCCUGGUCAAUGGAACCAGCUGUGUGCGCAACUUUUGUGGCAAGAAUCGCCUGUACUUCCCAGCGGAAGAUUCUUGCUACAGGAUCGGAUCUCAAGGCCCGUGUGCCCUACAUCAGGUGGUGAUCUUUGACUUCACCGCCAGGCCAUCCAUCGAUGGCAUCUCCUACAAUGGCAUGUGCGGUUGUUCCGGUGUCCUCACCAAUCUGGACCAGCAGUGCACGGGGGAGAGAGCGGAUAAGGAACAGAACAUAUGCGAGUCCACGCCCGGCAUGGUGGAGAUCAAUGGGCAGUGCCACAAGCUGUAUACACGAGGACCCUGCGGCGCGGGUCAGUGGCUGGAGCCACUGAAAUCACAAGCCACGAAUGGCACCUCGAUCGUGGCGCACGCCAGUCGGGCCAAGUGCGUCUGCCGACCGGGUUACACGCCCACGGAGUCGGAUCAACGCGGCAUGAGCAACUGCAGCGCUCCGAGUGUCAGCCUGGCGAGGUAUUUAACCAACGAGCGACUCAAUUCGAAGUUUCUCAAUGAUCUGCACCUUGGUGGGACCACCUAA